GGUGUUGGGGGGCCGGGGAAGGGGAUCCCGCCCCGCCUCACUCGCAUCCAACCUGCUUCUGGAGGAUCGUACAAGCUGCUCGCGCCUCUCCCGCCCACACUCCACUCCUCUAUAGUCAUCAUAUCAACAAAUAAGCCGACGAUGGCGAAAACUUACGACUAUCUCUUUAAACUUUUAUUAAUUGGGGAUUCCGGGGUCGGGAAGACAUGCGUGCUCUUCAGAUUUUCAGAGGACGCAUUUAAUUCGACGUUCAUCUCGACUAUAGGUAUUGAUUUCAAGAUUCGAACUAUUGAAUUGGAUGGGAAGAAGAUCAAACUCCAGAUAUGGGACACAGCUGGCCAGGAACGUUUCCGAACUAUCACCACUGCUUACUAUCGAGGCGCCAUGGGGAUUAUGCUUGUUUAUGACAUCACAAAUGAGAAGAGCUUUGAUAAUAUCAAAAACUGGAUACGGAACAUAGAGGAACAUGCAUCAGCAGAUGUAGAGAAGAUGAUUCUGGGAAAUAAGUGUGAUGUAAAUGACAAGAGACAGGUUUCUCGAGACAGAGGAGAACAGUUGGCCAUAGAAUAUGGGAUAAAGUUUAUGGAAACCUCUGCUAAAGCGUCCAUUAACGUAGAAGAAGCAUUCUUUACCCUUGCUCGAGAUAUUAAGGGCAAAAUGGAGAAAAAAUUGAAGGAAGCAAGCAAUCCUCCCAAAGGUGGCCAUACUAUCAAGCCCAAUGAACCUCCUCGAAAAUCUAUCAGCAGUUGGUUAGCCAAGUGUACCAUCCUAUGAUCUCACUUGCCGUGUUUUAUAGUCUCAUUGUGGCCAUUUUCUGGCCUUGGCCAUCAAGGCUAAUUUAUGGCCAAGAAAUGUAUGAGUGUGAUUUUCCUGUGAUUGUUGCAGCUCUGAUGAAGACAAAUUACAAACUUUGUGCACUCAGAUGAAAUUAUCGAUAACAUCUGGCUGAGCCAGUGAGUCAAGGUCCAUGACAUGUGAUCGAACACUUGAUGAGUAAUUCUCUUGGUUGGCACAUAAUAAGCAAAAUAUUAUACAAAUAGUUAUUAGAAAGCUAUGCGAUGCUGCAUUAUGAUUAUUGUUAAAGAAAAUGAAUGGUAAGUUGUAAAUUACUGUACUACCAAAGUUUGACCACAGUUCCCUGUUGCCACAAUAUCUUUAGUAUGUCAGGCAUUUUCAUGUGUAUCUGUUCUUGCUAUGCAUCUGUGAUUAGUAGACUUGUUUGUGUAUGUGACUUUAUAGUAACAUAUACCUGGUAGGUUUAUACCACUAUCUUCAUAGAAUUCAAUCUCCACUUUUCAUUAUUUUCACUAGGAAUUAUAAAUUUAUAUCACAGAUUCUGCAUAUAGCACAAUAUCCAUCCAUAAAGUACAUAGUGUCAUCAACUGGCUCGUGUGCUAACUGUAUUUUGCUCCUCAGAUUUUCUGUAUAGUUAGUCUUAAUUAAUGUCCUGUCACCAUAGUUUCAUUUAAUUCGUAUUUAUUUAAUAUUAAAAAGAUAUAAAAUGAAUGGAUUUCUGCUAAUUUGUUAGAAAUUUUGUAAAUGGAGACCACAUUAUCUAGGAUAUAAGUGUUUGAUCAAAUUUCUAAAUUGUAUUAACAAAUAAAUUAAUUUCAUCAUGAAAUAUGUAGUUAUGAAUGAUUUUGUACAUAACCUUAUGAAAAUAAUGUUUGAAUAUUAUAAGCUGUUAAUAUUCUAUGCAGAAGAGAAUAAUAGUGGGACUUCCAAUAACUUUUGAACCUGACUCACGCUGGAGACGUUUGUUCAGUCUACGGUGCUCUGCCAAAAUUUUGCUUGGUGCAGGAGUUAUGUGUGAUGCCAGUUGUCGUGAUGAAGAUGCGCUUGCAUGUAUUACAUACCAAUGAAAUUAUUAAUUUUUUCAACAUUUAUUUUAUUUCAUUGUUGCUAGAUUUAGUUUAAGCUUGUUUUUGGCUUGUGAUUACACUUUUGAAUCUUUUUUUUUCAUAAGUAUUACAAUUUUCUAAUGCAGUUGUAUUGUUUAUUUUCACAGUUGAAUUAAUGUCAAGUGUGAUGCAAUCAAACCUUGCACUUACAGCCACUUCACAUUCUAUACUUUGUGUAUAGGAGAGUCCACCAGUUUUUCAAAAUAUUUUGCCAGCUUUCCUAAACUAAUGCUGGUACAUUUGAAGUUGAAUUUCAUGCCAGUUUUGUUAUAUAAGGCGAUGCUCUACAUUUUGAGUAUUCAAGCGUGAUAUUUAAUUUUCAGUCACUGCUCUUACCAUUCUUACUUACUGUAUGAGCUCGCUUAGCCAGAGUAUAUAGGAAGGACCCCCGUCUGAUAAACCAGACAUCCCGAUAAGAACUAUUUCUUCCUGGGAAAGCCCAAAAAUAAACAUAUUCACAAUUAUUUGUAUCACAACCAACAUAAUUUGAUUUUUCACACGCACCCACUACAAUUAAAAUGUAUACCAGUACUGUAAUUUAAAACAGAAACUUCAGCUUAUCUCGUUUUUAGUUCGUCUUCUUGAUUGAUACUACACAUCUUGAAAUAGUAAUUCUUGAAAAUUUGUUACAUAAACUAACACAACACUAAAAUUACUGUACAAUACAUGAGCUUGGCAAAAGGUAAAUUUUGACUGCCAGCGGCUAAACCAUCACUGGUUGAAGGCUCUUGGCUGUCUGGUGAGGCUUCACUGGUUGAAGGUCCUCGGUUUGUGUGUGAGGCUUCAGUGGUUGAAAAGUCUUGGCUUGCUGUUUUUAUCAAAUAAGACUCAACUUUUGUUUGCCUCCUGUGUUCAUUGGCCUCUCUUGUUAUUAGCUCUUUGGUUCACCUCACGUACUGAUACAAGUUUCCAACUUCUAGAUUAGCACAGUUGGAUGAAAAAUUAACACGUCAAGAGAAGACAUAAGUAAACUGUACUUGGUUGUCUGAGGGGUUGUUAGCACAACCUUCUUUCUCUUAACACCUCAAGGACGAUUGCUGCUGCUACCAAACAUUAUCUUCGCAAAAAUUAUCGAAGUUACUAUGAUAAUUUAUAGUAAUUUCUAGUAAGAUAAAUAACUUUUUUAAAACUAUACUAUAUAAGAAAAUGUCUCGCUAAUGGCACGACACUCAACAUGAAGGUUGAGAGCACGUGACCUGUUUAGCUUGAGCAGGCCUGGACAGUGCAGGCCUGUUAUGUAGGCUGCCAGGCAGAAAAAUUACAUUUUUAGCAGGAAACUACAUUCUUCAACCUGUACACAUAGUUUUUAAGAAGUGUUUCUUACAAUAUUAGAAAAUAUUUCUUUAGUUUUAUACUGUAAUGAAUUGUUUUAACAUAAUUUUUGGUUAUUCUAUACAGUACAGAUCAUAUGCCCCUCAUCACACCCCAGGCAGUCCCUUCUGACUUUCCUCUCUCUCCAGCCACCCUUAUCCUGAAACCAUCCUCUCUCCAUCCACCCUUAUCCUGAAACCAUCCUCUCUCCAGCCACCCUUAUCCUGAAACCAUCCUCUCUCCAGCCACCCUUAUCCUGAAACCAUCCUCUCUCCAGCCACCCUUAUCCUGAAACCAUCCUCUCUCCAGCCACCCUUAUCCUGAAACCAUCCUCUCUCCAGCCACCCUUAUCCUGAAACCAUCCUCUCUCUAGCCACCCUUAUCCUGAAACCAUCCUCUCUCCAGCCACCCUUAUCCUGAAACCGCCCACCCCACCACCUCUCAUCCUCUUGAAUUCUAUUGACCCUGACAUGCCUAUGUCCAUCCUGUAACCUAGACCAGCGGUCAUCAACCUUUCGAAGCUCAAGGAUCACCGAAUUCAUAAUUUUAAAUCCCACGGACCACUAAUAUGAAUCCUGCAGUCCACCAAAUGAGAAAUGAUAGUUGGUUAUUAAAGAAAACAAUUUUAUGCCAUUAAAUAUAACAGUUAAAGAAAAUACAUACAUGCAAUACACAAAUAAAAUUGUCUCGCAGUCCACUGGUGAUCUGCGGACUACCGGUUGGCGACUGCUGCGCUAGACUAUUACCCAGUGCCAACUUUGGUGAGGCUAGCGGAAGUGUCUGGGCCUCCAACAUUGGACAGACAGACAUACACACAUUAUAUUCUCUCUUAUAGAUAUAAAUAGAUUUGGAUUAUAGAAUAGUGCAAAUUACUGUAUAGUAUCCAAAAUUUUGCUGAACACACUAUCCUUGUUAAGCUGAAAGUGCAAAGUUCAUCUGUAUCACAUGUUCAUUUGGCUUAUGUGAAAAAUUUGCAAGUUAUGUUGGGCUGAGAGGGUUGUCUCAUUUUGCUGUAGGUUAUCUGUUCCAAAAAUCUCUGCUUUUGGUUUCACUAGCACUACAGUGAGCUAGUUUGCUUGUUGCUCUUUUUGCUGUUGGUAUCAUUGUCACUUUCAAAGAGUUUCAUUACUCUUUGUGGUUUGAUUUUACCUGAAAUAACUUUAUGUACUCAUGCAAGUUUAUAUGUAACAACCUAUAUACUGUAUACUCCUGUAGUUAUUGUUUAUUGACUUGAAAACAAAUAACAGAACUGUGAAAAGUAACAUCAGUCAUUUUGCUACCAACAGAGAAGUGCUCAUUUAUCAUGAAACCAAGCCAUCAGCUUUCCUCUAAUUCUUUUUUAUGUGAUAAAGCUGUUAUGUGUAUUCUUUACACAUAGGAGGGAGUUUUACAUAGUUUCACAUAGUUUUAGGGAGGAAGUUGUGAUUUUUGUUAAAUGACAAAUCUUUUGUGUAAAGAUACUGAUUAGGAAAAAGCAAUACAGCAUGUGUAAUAAAUAUUGUAAUAAAUAUAUUAGUGCAUAAAUGUACAUAUCAAGUGUUUUCUAUUUUGUAAUUAUAAUUACUAGGGAUUAUAUUUGACAAUGAAAAUUUUGUAUAAUUAAAAUUGUAUUGAGGACUUUAAGAAAGAAA